AUGACAAGAUCUGCAGCAAGCAUGCUGGCACCUUCUGCCACUGAAGAAGGUUUGACAACGCCUGGGCCUAUGGCCCCAAGCAACCAGACACCAAUGUGGACUGACGGCCUUCGAACCGGCGCCCCUGAGGGCAGUGGCGUAAUGUUUGGCUACCAGUCAGGCCUCCAGGCGCAUGGCCACAGUGGCGACACCCGAUCCUUUGGCUACACACAAACUGGCAACUCUGUCGGCUUCCCUAUCGGCCACAAUGGGCAGCAUGGAUACAUGAGUGGGGGAUGCCUGUCCAACCAUGGGCCCACCAGCUCGCUUGGCGGCCAACCCUGA